GUUGAAAUCACCACCUUCUUCUUGGUUGGCGUUCCAGGGCUGGAAUAUGCACACAUCUGGAUCUCCAUCCCCAUCUGCUGCAUGUAUCUUGCUGCUAUUCUGGGAAACUGCACCAUCCUUUCUGUCAUCAAGACAGAGUCUUCCUUGCAUGAGCCCAUGUAUUAUUUCCUCUCCAUGUUGGCCUUGUCUGACUUGGGAUUGUCCUUAUCCUCUCUUCCUACCAUAUUGAGGAUCUUUUUAUUCAAUGCUCCUGAAAUUUCUGCCAAUGCCUGCUUUGCCCAGGAAUUCUUCAUCCAUGGAUUCACAGCAAUGGAGUCCUCAAUACUCUUGAUCAUGUCAUUUGACCGCUUCCUGGCCAUCCACAACCCUCUGAGAUACAGCUCCGUUCUUACUACUGUCAGAGUUGCCCAAAUAGGAAUAAUAUUCUCCUUUAAGAGCAUCCUCCUGGUGCUUCCCUUCCCCUUCACUUUGAGAAGUUUGAAAUAUUGUAAGAAAAGUAGAUUAUCCCAUUCUUACUGCCUCCAUCAGGAUGUCAUGAAGUUGGCUUGCUCUGACAACCGAAUUGAUGUCAUCUAUGGCUUUUUUGGAGCGCUCUGCCUCAUGGCAGACUUUAUGCUCAUUGUUGUGUCUUACAUCCUGAUCCUCAGGACAGUACUGGGAAUUGCGUCCCAAAAGGAGCAGCUCAAGGCCCUCAAUACCUGUGUCUCACAUAUCUGUGCAGUGAUCAUCUUCUAUCUGCCCAUCCUCAACCUUGCCAUUGUCCAUCGUUUUGCCCGGCAUGUCUCUCCCCUCUUCAAUGUUCUCAUGGCAAAUGUUCUCUUACUUGUGCCUCCACUGAUGAACCCAAUUGUGUACUGUGUGAAAACUAAGCAGAUUAGAGUAAGAGUUGUAGCAAAAUUUUGUCAGAAGCAAAUAUAA